CAUGCGGCCGGGGGGCGCGAUGGCUGCGGCGGGGGCCGGCGGCGGGACCCCCCGCUCCCCGCGGGCGCUGCUGCUGCUGCUGCUGGCGCUGCUGCUGCUGCUGGGCGCCCCGCCGGGCGGCCGCGGCUUGCACACCAAGGGCGCGCUGCCCCUGGACACCAUCACUUUCUACAAGGUCAUCCCCAAGAGCAAAUAUGUCCUGGUAAAGUUCGACACCCAGUACCCCUAUGGAGAGAAGCAGGAUGAGUUCAAGACCCUGGUCGAGAGGUCGGCCUCCAUUGAGGAUCUACUGAUCGCCGAGGUGGGGAUCUCAGAUUAUGGCGACAGGCUGAACGUGGAACUCGGCGAGAAGUACAAGCUCAGCAAAGACAGUUACCCGGUCUUCUACCUCUUCCAGAAUGGGGACUUUGAGAACCCUCUGCCCUACCAGGGGCCGGUGAAGGUGGGCGCCAUCCAGCGCUGGUUGAAGGGCCAGGGCAUCUACCUGGGCAUGCCCGGCUGCCUGCUCCCCUACGACACCCUGGCUGCCCAGUUCCUGGGCACUGUGGGGGCAGAAGAGCGGGAGGCCCUGAUAAAGCAAGGCCGGGCCAACCUGACUGGUGUCAAAGAAGCCGAGAAGAAGUGGGCCGAGCAGUACCUGAAGAUCAUGGGGAAGAUCCUGGACCAGGGCGAGGGCUUUGUUGCCAUGGAGACGGCCAGGAUCACCAAGCUCAUUGAGAAGAACAAAAUGAGUGAGGGAAAGAGGGAGGAGCUCCAGAAGACCCUCAACAUCCUCACUGCCUUUCACAAGAAGGGGGUGGGGAAAGAGGAGCUCUGAAGAGGAUUGGGGGAGGGGGCGUGGUGGGGAGACCUGGGAAGAUUCUCCUUGGGGAGAGGGGAGCAGGAAGGAGGGGAGGCAUCCGUGGGACUGGUCCAGUGACCCAGGCAUCAGGGAUCUCCAGAUACGGGUACCAAAACUGCUAGGGAUCCUCCUCCCCUGCACCCAGACGGUGAAAUCGGGAAGAACGCCUGUAAAACUGCCCCCGGAGAAGACUUGGUGCUAAGGCCUACAAUAAACAGUGCGCUGCUUGGGCCCCACAGUGUAAUUCUCUUCAAAAAUUAAAGUCUCGAUGUUCCAGUUUGGUAGCGCCAGCCCCCAAGCCCUUUCUCUGGGUCUUCUCUCAUCCUCCUGCCGCCCGGGGGAUCCCCUGGCACUGGACUCCGAUUUCUGCCAUCUCCCUCCCCACCAUUUUUUGUAGCAGUCGAGGGUGAUAAGCAUCCUCUUUGUUAAUUCAGAAAUGGGUCCAGAUGCGAAUGCCAUCCUUUCCUAGAUGAUCUACACUGGGCAUCCCGGAUUCCAUGGGAGCAACCAAAGUCUUUACAUUGGGGGGACAUGAGUCGGGGGAGCUCUGCUGGGAAGACAAGGAUGGGCCACACUGUGUUUUCUAUGAACCAUUGCUACAUAAUAAUAUAUUUUCUCACUGCUUGAA